UGGGAAGGGAAGUCUGAUGCAGGAGAGUGAAUUUGGUAUAAACGGAGCAGUUGAAUAAAUGCUAAAAAAAAAAAACAUAGAAAACCAAUAUAUACAAAAAUUGUAUAAAAGGGUACAAAACCCGUCGCACACCAGAACAUGACUUGCACAAAAUAUACAACAAACAAUCACAGACAAAGACAUGAGGGGAAACAGAGGGUUAAAUACACAACAUGUAAUUGAUGGGAUUACAGACAAAACCAAUGGAAAAGGAAAAAUGGAUCAGCGAUGGCUAGAAGGUCGGUGACGUCGACCGCCGAACAAGGAGAGGGACCAACUUCGGCGGAAGUCGUGACAUACUAAUUGAGUGUAUUUUGUAGCAUUGCCUUUAAAUAGUUUAACUUGGGUCAAACAUUUCGGGUAACCUUCCACAAGCUUCCCACAUUAAAUUGGGUGAAUUUUGGCCCAUUCCUCCUGACAGAGCUGGUGUAACUGAGUCAGGUUUGAAGGCCUCCUUGUCGCACAAGCUUUUUCAGUUCUGCCCACAGAUUUUCUAUAGGAUUGAAGUCAGGGCUUUUUGAUGGCCACUCCAAUACUCCAAUACCUUGACAAUGUAUUUUUUUUAACCUAAUGAGAAGGUGAUGGAUGCUGGGAUAAGGAUCAGUACAUGUGCCAGUGUAAAGGUAGCCUGACUUGUUUACGUGUUGCUGUGCGUUUUGUUGACAACCUUACUUUGCCAUCUGACAACUUUACGGUUUUUACUUUUUAAUUACCGUUUAUAUUUUUGUUUUUUCCCUCAACUUUUUAUUUUCAUUCAACUUUUUCACUCGGGACGCUUUAUCUGGACAUGGUUUGUCAGGACCUCCAAAAGCCGAAGCUAAGUAGUAACAUUAACAUGAUGCCUUCUAAUUGCAGUCGCUGUACUCAUAAUAUACAGGAAACGAUCGCCUUACGGCGAGGACAGCUGUGCUACAAGCCCAGCUUCAGACGCAAUCGUUAGGCAAGGGUAAUUGCAGUGUAGGAAAGGAUGAAACAGCGUCUGUGCCACCAGUAAGUACAGAUCGUAACGUUAGUAUAAAUCCCCUCGCAUGGUCCCCGCAGCCGGACAACUUUCUCAAGGUUUCUGGAUGGAAAUGCUGUAGGAAUGCUCAACCGGUGUGACAGAAACUUUCAACCGGUUUUCCACAUUAAGCAGCGAGUUGGAUUCAGAGGCCGAGCCUUCUCUUGUCUCUACUCCCGUUACGGGGUCUGAGACAACGAAGCUUCCCACCAUUAGCUCUGACAAAUUGAAAACUCUAGUCAUUGGCGACUCCAUUAACCGCAGUACUAGACUUAAAACGAAUCAUCCAGCGAUCAUACACUGUUUACCAGGGGGCAGGGCUACCGACGUUAAGGCUAAUCUGAAGAUGGUGCUGGCUAAAGCUAAAACUGGCGAGUGUAUUCUUUUGAAGACUGUUUCAAGGACAGCUUUUUCCCAUCUACGUAACAUUGCAUAAAUCAGAAACCUUCUGUCCAAAAAUGAUGCAGAAAAAUUAAUCCAUGCUUUUGUCACUUCUAGGUUAGACUACUGCAAUGCUCUACUUUCCGGCGACCCGGAUAAAGCACUAAAUAAACUUCAGUUAGUGCUAAAUACGGCUGCUAGAAUCCUGACUAGAACCAACACAUUUGAUCAUAUUACUCCAGUGCUAGCCUCCCUACACUGGCCCCCUGUCAAGGCAAGGGCUGAUUUCAAGGUUCUACUGCUAACCUACAAAGCAUUACAUGGGCUUGCUCCUACCUAUCUCUCUGAUUUGGUCCUGCCGUACAUACAUACCUACAUGUACGCUACGGUCACAAGACGCAGGCCUCCUAAUUGUCCCUAGAAUUUCUAAGCAAACAGCUGGAGGCAGGGCUUUCUCCUAUAGAGCUCCAUUUUUAUGGAAUGGUCUGCCUACCCAUGUGAGAGAUGCAAACUCGGUCUCAACCUUUAAGUCUUUACUGACGACUCAGCUCUUCAGUGGGUCAUAUGAUUGAGUGUAGUCUGGCCCAGGAGUGUGAAGGUGAACGGAAAGGCUCUGGAGCAACGAACCGCCCUUGCUGUCUCUGCCUGGCCGGUUCCCAUCUUUCUACUGGGAUUCUCUUCCUCUAACCCUAUUACAGGUGCUGAGUCACUGGCUUACUAGGGCUCUUUCAUACCGUCCCUAGGAGGGGUGCGUUACUUGAGUGAGUUGAGUCACUGAUGUGAUCUUCCUGUCUGGGUUGGCGCACCCCCUUGGGUUGUGCCAUGGCAGAGAUCUUUGUGGGCUUUACUCGGCCUUGUCUCAGGAUGGUAAGUUGGUGGUUGAAGAUAUCCCUCUAGUGGUGUGGGGGCUGUGCUUUGGCAAAGUGGGUGGAGUUAUGUCCUUCCUGUUUGGCCCUGUCCGGGGGUGUCCUCGGAUGGGGCCACAGUGUCUCCUGACCCCUCCUGUCUCAGCCUCCAGUAUUUAUGCUGCAGUAGUUUAUGUGUCGGGGGGCUAGGGUCAGUUUGUUAUAUCUGGAGUACUUCUCCUGUCCUAUCCGGUGUCCUGUGUGAAUUUAAGUAUGCUCUCUCUAAUUCUCUCUUUCUCUCUUUCUUUCUCUCUCUCGGAGGACCUGAGCCCUAGGACCAUGCCUCAGGACUACCUGACAUGAUGACUCCUUGCUGUCCCCAGUCCACCUGGCCGUGCUGCUACUCCAGUUUCAACUGUUCUGCCUGGGAUUAUUAUUAUUUGACCAUGCUGGUCAUUUAUGAACAUUUGAACAUCUUGGCCAUGUUCUGUUAUAAUCUCCACCCGGCACAGCCAGAAGAGGACUGGCCACCCUACAUAGCCUGGUUCCUCUCUAGGUUUCUUCCUAGGUUUUGGCCUUUCUAGGGAGUUUUUCCUAGCCACCGUGCUUCUACACCUGCAUUGCUUGAUGUUUGGGGUUUUAGGCUGGGUUUCUGUACAGCACUUUGAGAUUUUAGCUGAUGUACAAAGGGCUAUAUAAAUGAAUUUGAUUUGAUUUGACUUUGUUGUCCUUUAGCCAUUAUGUCACAACAUAUGCUUGGGGUCAUUGUCCAUUUGGAAGACCCCUUUGCGACCAAGCUUUAACUUCCUGAUGUCUUGAGAUGUUGCUUCAAUAUAUCCACAUAAUUUUCCUACCUCAUGAUGCCAUCUAUUUUGUGAAGUGCACCAGUCCCUCCUGCAGCAAAGCACCCCCACAACAUGAUGCUGCCACCCCCGUGCUUCACGGUUGGGAUGGUGUUCUUAGGCUUGCAAGCCUCCCAAUUUUUCCUCCAAACAUAACAAUGGUUAUUAUGGCAAAACAGUUAUAUUUUUGUUUCAUCAGACCAGAGGACAUUUCUCAAAAAAGUACAAUCUUUGUCCCCAUGGGCAGUUGAGAACUGUAGUCUGGCUUUUUUUAAUGGCGGUUUUGGAGCAGUGGCUUCUUCCUUGCUGAGCGCCCUUUCAGGUUUUAUGUCGAUACAGGACUCGUUUUACUGUGGAUAUAGAUACUUUUGUGCCUGAUUCCUCCAGCAUCUUCACAAGGUCCUUUGCUGUUGUUCUUGGAUAUAUUUGCACUUUUCGCACCAAAGUACAUUAAUCUCUAGGAGACAGAAAUUGUCUCCUUCCUGAGCGUCAUGACAGCUGCGUGGUCCAGUGGUAUUUAUACUUGCAUACUAUUGUUUGUACAGAUGAACGUGGUACCUUCAGGCGUUUAGAAAUUGCUCCCAAGGAUGAAACAGACUUGUGGAGGUCUACAAUUUUUUUCUGAGAUUUUGGCAGAUUUCUUUUGAUUUUCCCAUGAUGUCAAGCAAAGAGGCACUGAGUUUGAAGGUAGGCCUUGAAAUACAAUACAUCCACAGGUACACCUCCAAUUGACUCAAAUUAUGUCAAUUAGCCUAUCAGAAGCUUCUAAAGCCAUGACAUUUUCUGGAAUUAUCCAAGCUGGUUAAAGGCACAGUCAACUUAGGUUAUGUAAACUUCUGACCCACUGGAAUUGUGAUACAGUGAGUUGUAGUCAAAUAAUCUGGCUGUAAACAAUUGUUUGGAAAAAUGACUUGUGUCAUGCACAAAGUAGAUGUCUUAACCGACUUGCCCAAACUAUAGUUUGUUAACAAGAAAUUUGUGGAGUGGUUGAAAAAACGAGUUUUAAUGUCUCCAACCUAAGUGUAUGUAAACUUCUGACUCUAACUGUAAACACUGGCCUGAUGCCCUCCUAGUAGAAAAAGUAUCUUGUGACACAUCCUAGGAAACAUCAUGGUCUAACCACUUCGACACACAUGUACCAUGAAAACAUUAUGAAAGUCUCUUCCCGUAAUCAUCAUGGGGCAACUUGAGCAAUAGGAUUCAAGUAUUGCAGCGGUGCAAGUAGUGGAUGGGAAAGGUGUUUACAUCAGUGAUAUUAAGUCUGACCUUGACAUGUGGAUAAUUACAGGGGGGGGAAUGUAUAUAAUGUAUAUAUAAAAAAUAAAAAAAACAUUGUGGUGACCUUAUGCAAGCGUGGAUUAGCCUAUAUCUAUUUAGCAAUUAACGCGUUGAUUGGGUGGCAUCCAUCUAUGAAUAAUCACGUUCUGAAGCAUUUCACAAUUGGUGUGUUUUCUUCUGGCCAGUGACGAAACACCCCAUCAGUGUCAAUAACCUCUUGCUUCUCGUGUGUGUGUGUGUGUGUGUGUGUGUGUGUGUGUGUGUGUGUGUGUGUGUGUGUGUGUGUGUGUGUGUGUGUGUGUGUGUGUGUGUGUGUGUGUGUGUGUGUGUGUGUGUGUGUGUGUGUGUGUGUGUUGGUCGCUUUGGGUGUGGUGCCAUGUGAGUAACCUUCUGAGUGUAGGGCUUCCUUCCUCAUCGCUUCUAUAGAGUGGAACACAUCUGCACUACCAGCCCACAUAGGGGGUGGCUGUCCACACACCGCAUCACUACCAACGGCAUCGCUGCACCAGUGGGUUGUGAGACAGCAGAGCUCCAGUGGAGAGACUGUUUUAGCCUGAGUCUGAGCCCACAUCAGGAGUUCUACACUCACCCAUGUCCUGCCUUGUCCAACCUGAACCAGCCAUUUUCUGACUUGCCAAGCAAGCCCUUCACAACCCAGCCAUGGAUGCCCUGUCCUCCCUGAGCUCCUCGACCUCCUGCUCUCAUCUGUACCUCUGGGCCAGCAACACCACAAACAGCAGCGUUGAUGUGAUCCUGGAGCACUACAACCACACAGGGCGCCUGCAGCAUCGCGUGCCCCGCCAGGGUGGCCUGAGCUCGGCAGCGGUCCUCUCCCUCUUCAUCAGCGUCCUCAUCAUCCUGGAGAACCUGCUGGUCCUAGUGGCCGUGCUCUCCCGGAUCCUCCACAGCCGCCGCUGGGUCUACGUGUGCAUCGCCAACAUCACCCUGAGCGACCUGCUGGCCGGGGCGGCCUACGUGGUCAACAUCUGGAUGUCGGGCAGCCAGACGUUCAGACUGAGCCCGGCUCUGUGGCUGUUCAGGGAGGGGAUACUGUUCGUGGCCCUCGCCGCCUCCAUCUUCAGCCUGCUGCUGAUAGCUGUGGAGCGCUACACCACCAUGAUGAAGCCGCUGCACCAGAAGUCGGCCAGGAAGACGUAUCGUAUCUACGGCCUGGUGACGCUGUGCUGGAUCGUGGCCUUCGCCAUCGGCUUCCUCCCCCUGCUGGGCUGGAACUGCAUGUGCAGCCUGGAGAGCUGCUCUACCCUGCUGCCGCUCUACUCCAAGAGCUACAUCCUCUUCUCCCUUCUCAUCUUCUCCCUCAUCCUGCUGGCUAUCGGCGUGCUCUAUGGCGCCAUCUACAGCCACGUGCGCAGCAGCUCCAAGGUGGGCUCCCAGCGCAGCCGCAAGCGCUCCCUGGGGCUGCUGAAGACAGUCAUCUCCAUCGUGGGUGUGUUCAUCAUAUGCUGGGGGCCUCUGUUUAUCCUGCUGCUGGUGGACUUCUUCUGUGUGUCGCGGCAGUGUGCACCGCUCUUCAGCGCCGACUGGGUCAUCGCCCUGGCCGUGAUAAACUCGGCCCUGAACCCGGUCAUCUACACCCUGGGCAGCACAGAGUUGAGGAAGGCCAUUGCCGGCUUGUUGUGCUGCUGCUGCCUCAGGGCAGGCCUCUGUCACCCUGACACCUUUGUGUCCAAGGAGACCAGCAGCACCGGGAGCAUCAGGCACAGCAGCCUGAGGAACAGUUUCAAUAAGAUCAGGAGUCUCACUGUCAGCCCCCCGCCUGCACCCAAUGCCCCCAAGAAGAGCCGCCGCCUGAGCUCCACCACUACCUGCCUGUCUGUGUCAAGCGGUUAGACCACAACGGGCUGCCUGGGGCAGGCGUAGCUGUGUGUGUGUUUGAGAGACCUAGAGAGAGAGAGAGAGAGAGAGUCAGUGGAGGCUCCUCAGAGGAGGAAGGGGGGGGGGCUUUCUACUCAGGGAGUUUCAUAAAAGUACAAAUAUUAAAAAUACAAAUAUCAAUUAUUAAUUUGUAGCAUACUGCAAUUAAAGCCAGACUAAGUCAAUGGCACAGAUGGAACUAUCCAAGCAGAAGAUCUCCAUCAAAAAUCGAAGUUAAAGAAUAUGACUAAAUCUAAUCAAAUUUAAAUGCAAUUUAAAUCAAGUUUGAUUUAGUCUUACCAGUCUCAUUUGAUUUAGUCUUAAUAGCUGUUGAUGAAUUUGCAAUGCUAUAUAGAUCUAAAUAGUAUAAUUGAUGAUAUAGGACUUAUAAUGUAUGGUUACAUUUCAUUUGUUCUGUUAAACCUACCCUUUGGAACUACUUUGAUAGCAACAGUGAAUAUAUUUAGUUAUUGAGAGGUCUCUGAAUAAUCACUCACAAUAGCACAUUGGUAGUCGGUGAUAUAAAAACUAAGCUGGGUUUGGUUAAAACCCUGUAUUGGAGACCAAAUGAAUAGUUGUAGAUCAAUUCUCCAAUAGGAGGUGCUGCCCAGACACGUUUUUUCCUGAUAUUGGACAUUCCGUUGAAGAUCUGACAUAGUUUCAAAAGAUACAAAUUCAAUUUACUGUAUUUUAAAGAAGGGUUGUCUAUGUUGAAAGUGGUUACUAUGAUGACAUAAUCCUGUGGUUGAAAUUUCACCCUCAAAACAAAAGUUUAUGACUUUUUUCAAAUCCAAUGUAUUUUCCACUUAACAGAUACAUUGUCUAAUUACACUGUGACAAUGUUGAUUCAACCAGUUUGUGCCCAGUGGGUCAAGGUAGGUAUAGGGCAAAUUCUAGUAUCAUGUAGUAGCCUAAACCUAUCGAUGUUACAUUGAGCUGGAUGAAUGGAAUAUGAAAUGACAGUCAUCCAAUAUGCUGAAAUAGAAAUAAGGCCAAGCUCAUAAGAAAAAGAUUGUCCUCCCAAAUCUGAAAGAGCACUAACUGCCACUGGUGUGUGUGUGUGUGUGUGUGUGUGUGUGUGUGUGUGUGUGACCACAGAGAAUGCAGUUCCUCCAUUAUCUAGCUCCACCCAAAUGUGGCCUUGAUACAACCAGGUCUACAUACAACGGUUUUCUCUGUUGUUGGUUUUGUUCAUUGUCUUCAUUGUCAUCAGCCCAGGACCUGGUACACUGACGAAAGAGCAUCGUUGUGGUUCUCUGUUACUGUAGCAACACCAAUCUGUUUCAUUUUAUGCAUUCCAAUUUUUUUUUUAAUUAAAAAAGGAGUUCAAACUCGUUCAAGAUUUAUCAUAAAAGAUGCACUAUGGAAGCUGCUUUUGUUUCACUGUUUCAGCCUUGAAACAGAUACUCUUUUACUGUGAAGAUGGUUUUCAUUGAAAGGGGUGCUUUCUUAUUGCACCACUUAAAUAGAACUGAAUUAAAAACAACAAAAAUAUGUAGAUAUAUUUAGAAAAUGCAAUAUUAUUUAUACAUACACUGAGUGGACAAAACAUUAAGGACACCUGCUCUUUCCAUGACAAAAACUGACCAGGUGAAUCCAAGUGAAAGCUAUGAUCCCUUUUUGAUGUCACUUGUUAAAUCCACUUCAAUCGGUGUAGAUGAAGGGGAGGAGACGGGUUAAAGAAGGAUUUUUAAGCAACUCAAUAUUUGGAAGGCGUCCCUAAUGUUUUGUACACUCAGCAAACAUUGUACAGAAUGGUAGUUGAAUACAUUUUUUCAAUUGGUUAAACAUUUAUUUUGUUCAAUAUUGUUUUUAAGAGUAUACAUUUGUUGAACGCUUUACUAUUGCUGUUAUUCUGAAAGAGGAUUAUAUUUCUGUUAUUUUGUACAUUGACAAUGUAUAAAUAAAUAUUUUAACAAAAUAUGUGUCUUGUGGAAAGAGAGAGUUUAUUUUUAAACUGUUUUUCAACAGAACAUUGUACGAGUGGCAGCAACAUGCUGAAUUACAACCUACAUUUGAAUAUUAAAACUCAAUAAACAGCAGAUAAAAAAAAAAUAUAUAUAAUAUAUGCCAUUUAGCUGACGCUUUUAUCCAAAGCGACUUACAGUCAUGUGUGCAUACAUUCUACGUAUGGGUGGUCCCGGGAAUCGAACCCACUACCCUGGCGUUACAAGCGCCAUGCUCUACCAACUGAGCCACAGAAGGACCAUAAUGUAGACAAUUAACUGUUAAGCAGGUAAACCUUGGCUGGGAUGGCACAGCAACGGAAACGCUCAGUCCAGUUGUAUUACUGGAUCACUACUGGGUAAAUGGAAAUGAACCAUUAACUCCCAUAAGCAAUUAGCAACAUCUACCUCAAGGUGGAGACAUGUUACC